AUGGACUCCGUCUUCGCGCUCGCUGCGGUGCCCCGGGCUAUCGUCCUGGAGCGCGCGGCUGCGCGCGUCCCCGGCUGCCUCUAUCUCUGCCUCUGGGCGCCGGUGACCGCCCAGCUCCCAUCAAGCCAUUUAUUCUGCUUGGACGCGUGGAUCGACGGCGGCGGCGGUGCUCGCGCACGGGCGAGCUUCGAGGCGUACCGGGGAGCGCUCUGCGCCGUCGUAAGCGGGUGCGUGCCCGGGUGGGCGUACAGGGAGGGCCGCGCCUACAUGGAGCUACCGGAGCCGGACCUGACGGCGUCGGCUUCGCUGCAGGUGCAGCAGCAGUUCUACCAUGAAACCGGCGCGAAGAUGGCGGUGUUCAUGGGAUGCGAGAGCGGCGAGGUCGAGAUCGGGCUGUCGACUGCAUCGGUGGCAGCGGCGGCCGUGGCGGAUCACGUGCACCAGUCGUUCCUGGAGGACCUCCUCCAGCUGCCGCCGGCAGGGCUGUCGUCUUCGUCCUCUCCCGUGCCGUCACUCUCGAUCGGGAGCCCGGAGUACUCCUCUCUCAUUCGCGCAAUGGCGACGCCGGUAGCAGCGCCGGGCGAGCCAUCCACGCAGCCACCGAUGAUGCAGGCGUCGCCGCUGCCCGGCUUGCUCGCUCCGAUCGCCGAAGCCAACGACUAUGCCUUAAUGGUGCAGGCAAUGCUCGCGGUCGUCCCCUCCUCCGGUAUGUCGACCACCUCCACGCCGCCGCUUCCACCGUGUCCACCCUGGCUGGCCAGCCACCGCUCGCAGCGGUCGUCGCCGCGGCGGACGACGGCGUUCAAGCCGUAUCGCGCGGCGCUCCCGCCAAGGGCGCGGCCGCGGCCAGGCGCGCCGGGGCAGAGGAUGAUCAAGACGUGCAUCUCCCUCCUGGCAAGCGUGCACAUGGCAAUGCGCAACCGGCCGGAGCACGCCACGCGGCACCGCGAGGACAGCAGCGCGCCGUCCACCACCAGCCAGCUGCACCACGUGAUCUCGGAGCGGCGCCGGCGCGAGCGGCUCAACGACAGCUUCCAGACCCUCAGAGCUCUGCUCCCUCCCGGCUCCAAGAAAGACAAGGCCAACGUCCUCGCGAGCACGACGGAGUACAUGGCGAAGCUGGUAUCCCAGGUGACCCAGCUCCGAGAGAAGAACCUGCAGCUCGAGGCGCAGCUCGGCCUGAACCAAAGUGCAAGCGAUGAUAACGCCUCGGGGAAGACAGUCGAGGUCGAGGUGACCACCGGGGCGUCGACGUCGACAUCGACGGCGCCGAGUCAGCAGCCGCGGGAGGUGGGCGUGCGGGUGACGGUGCGGGCGGAGUGCGACAUGUCGGAGGUGCUGGCCUCGCUGCUCGCUCGGCUCAAGGGCACAGGGAGUUUCGCGGUGGUGUCCGUGGAGGCGAGACAGCAGAGCAGCGCGCUUGCACGGGCCAGCCUGACGUUGCGGAUGACGGAGGCUGGCGACGUCGUCGACGCGACAUGGCUCGAGGAAGCUCUGACGAAGGUUGUCGAGGACGCGGUGAUGAAGACGCGCCGCCGGUGCCACCCCCAAGGUCGCCGUAGGUAG